GGGGGUGGGGGGAGAGAUGGAAAUGAAUGAUCACGGCGCGAGGCAUUGUGCAGGGGCACAAAGUGAGGACAAAGCUCUCUUAUAAGCUCCAAACCUUAUACUUUCUCCUCUCUUCUCUCUCCUCUUUUCCCUCUUCUCUCGCCAUUUCCUCACCACUCUCUCUCUCUCUCUCUCUCUCUCUCAUAUCUUUCCUUCGUCUCCCCAUUUUUCUCUCUUUGGAUCUCACCUCUUCAGCUCUCAAUUAAGGGUUUGCUCUUUUAUUCUCUCUAUCUCUCUCGCGGCUUCCUCAUUUCUGUUUCUCAUCAUUUGGAUCUGCCCAAAAGGCUUCUUCCUUUCUUUCUGGAUUUCCUCUGCGGAGCGGUCUGGGAGAACUAGGGUUUGGAGUUUCGUUUCACUUCCUUUGAAUUCUGUUCUAUUUUUCACUCGUCUUUUUCUUUUUUCCUUUUUUUUUGUUUGCGUUUUUUGUUUUUGUUUUUGUUUUUUUUUUUUUUUUUGUGAUUCUAAUCUGGAUUUAUUGAAUGUUGUUUCAUCUGGUUUCUGCUAGGGUUUCGUGCUGUUUUUCGAUCUUAGUGGUGAUGGAUUCGUUUUGAUUCCAUAAUUUGACUCUGUUUUCUCUCUCUCUCUCUUUUCUCUCUCCCUCCAGGUCUCCCAUUUUUUUUUCCGUGUUUUGAGCUCAUCGCAGUUCGUCGUUUCAGGCGCUGUGUCUGAGUUUUUUCUUGUGGAUCGCUGACUGGUGUUCGGGGUUCGGUGUUUUGAUUUGGCUUCUGCAGCGUCUUUUUGUGAUUCAGUAGCCGGGGUGUCGGCCUUUUGGAUGAAUGGUCAUCAGCUAUUAGUGGGAUUUGGUGUGUGAUUGCAGUUAAAGAGAUGAGUCACUUGACAAAUGAGAGCGAAGAUGGAAUGCUCUCAAAGGACCAAACAGGGUCCCCAUUGAUUGAUGAAGGCAACAGCAGCGGAAGUGCAGGUGGGGGAAUUGUUCUGAAGAAAGGACCAUGGACGUCUUCGGAAGACGCAAUCUUGGUGGAAUAUGUGAAGAAACAUGGUGAAGGAAACUGGAAUGCAGUUCAGAAGCAUUCUGGCCUUUUUCGGUGUGGGAAAAGUUGCCGUUUAAGGUGGGCUAAUCACCUUAGACCAAAUCUGAAAAAGGGAGCAUUCACUGCAGAAGAAGAAAGGCUGAUAAUUGAACUUCAUGCGAAGAUGGGCAACAAGUGGGCACGGAUGGCUGCACAUUUACCUGGACGGACUGAUAAUGAGAUAAAGAACUACUGGAACACCCGAAUUAAGAGAAGGCAACGAGCUGGUUUACCACUUUAUCCUCCUGAAGUGUGUUUUCAAGCAUUGCAGGAGAGUCAACAAAUCCAGAAUACUGGUGGAAUUAAUGGUGGGGAUAAAGUGCACCAUGAUCUCUUGCAAACUAACAGUUAUGAGAUACCAGAUGUCAUCUUGGAUGGUUUUAAGGCUAACCAGGAUGCCUUUCCCUAUGUCCCUGAUUUUCCUAAUCUUUCUACCAGUAGCAUGCUAAUGAAAGGGUUUGGUUCUUCUCAAUAUUGUGGUUUCAUGGCUCCAACAAUGCAUCGCCAGAAGCGUGUUCGAGAAUCACCAGCCUUAUUUCCUGGCUACAAUGAAAGAAAUGGAAUCCCCCUGUUUGACCAGAUUCAGGAUGAUACUGGUGAUAAAAUUGCUCAGUCCUUUGGGUUGCCUUAUCCAUUUGAUCCUGACCCUACCAACAAGGACCCAUUGCCUUUUGCUGGCAUGCAGGGUAGCCAUGCCCUUUUAAAUGGCAACUUCUCUGCUUCUAAGCCCAUUUCUGGGCCUGUGAAGUUGGAGCUCCCUUCACUCCAAUAUCUAGAAACCGAUUUAGGUGGCUGGGGCACAUCUUCUUCACCGCCACCUUUACUUGAGUCUGUUGAUGCUUUUAUUCAGUCUCCACCAUCUGGGACAGUCCAGUUAGAAUGCCUUUCACCGCGUAAUAGUGGCCUGCUGGAUGCUUUGCUCCAUGAGGCAAAGACGAUAAGCAGUGGGAAGAAUCAUUUGUCAGAUAAGAGUGCAAAUUCCUCUACUGUUACUCCUGGUGAUUUAGCAGAUAGUUGCCUGAAUAUGUGUGAGACAGAAUGGGAAGACUAUGGUGAUCCUAUUUCUCCUUUGGGUCAUUCUACAACUUCAAUCUUCAGUGAGUGUACGCCAAUCAGUGCCAGUGGAAGUUCAUUGGAUGAGCACCCCCCUUCUGAGACCUUUCCUGGAUGCAAUGUUAAGGCGGAACCAGUUGACCAAGUUUGGACUCCAGAUGGAGAAAAAGAAACAUCGACCCAGUUGGAUUUUUCCAGGCCUGAUGUUUUACUUGGCUCAAAUUGGAUUGACCAGAGUACUGGUGGUCCCAAGGACCAAGCCAUGAUGAAUGAUGCUGUAGCGUCGCUUUUUAGUGAUGAUUUCGGCAACAACUACAAGAACAUGGCUUCUGGAACUCCUACAUCAAAUCAAGGUUGGGGGCUUGGUUGUUGUGCAUGGAAUAACUUGCCUCCUGUCUGUCAAAUGUCUGAACUUCCUUGAACCAAUGCCCAACUGUAUGAGUUUCUUUCAAUUCCACUCAUCAACUGUAUGAACUUCCUUGAAACUUCUAUCCCCUUAAAUCAUGUUGAAGACUUGUUUAAUUUGGGAUCUAGGGCUCUACCUUUUGGACUCUUAGAAGUUCUGAUGGGUUGAGGUUGAUGGUACGAUGUGUAUGAGUCAAUGUUAUUUUGUUUGCUAUACUGUCUAUGCCUUUUGGUGUCCUUGCAUUUCAAACUAGUGUAAUGCCAGUAUUGGGACAUGGAACUCUGUGCCAGUAUGCUGAUGCAUGCAGACUUUUGUUAUAAUUGUAGAAUAAAUUUGCAUUUCUGAUGUUGAACAA